AUGAGUACAACAAAAUACUAUCGAUAUGAAAAUUCAUAUUGUACUGUUAAUGCACGUGCUGAUCUUCAAGAUAUUAUUUUGAACAUUAAAGCUGUCAAAGCACGUGCUAUAAGUGAAAGUAUACCCAUUUCACAAAUUUAUGACAAAGAAGCAGCCCGCAUCGGGUUAUCAACAUUAUCAAUUGCUGUUUUACCAUCUCAGAGACAACUUGGUUAG